AUUGUUGUGAUAAACUUAUUAAAUAGUUCCAACAAUGAGGAAUAAAUUAUUACAGUCUCUCCACAGAUCUUUUUCAACUCAAGCUAAAAUAACGACUCAUUAUUCAGUUUAUCCACGUGAAAAUGAUGUACGAUGGAAAGAAGUAGACAUGGAACGAGUUGCGGAUGAAACUGAUGUAUUAAUUGUUGGUGCUGGUCCGGCUGGUCUCUCUGCAGCCAUCAGACUUAAACAGCUUGCUACUCAGAAGGGCGCUGAUAUACGAGUCUGUGUUUUGGAAAAAGCUGCCGAAGUAGGUGGUCACAUUUUGUCAGGUGCUUGUCUGGAGCCGACUGCUUUGAACGAAUUACUCCCAGACUGGAAGGACAGAGGGGCGCCAAUCACUACAGAGGUAUCUCAGGAUAGGUUCUCGUUCCUCUUGAAGAACAGUCGCAUUCCAGUCCCAAUACCACCAGGCUUCCCCAUGCACAACAAGGGCAAUUAUAUAGUGCGACUGGGCAAUGUGGUCAAGUGGCUGGGCGAACAGGCCGAAGAGAUGGGUGUGGAGAUAUAUCCUGGCUACGCUGGAAGCGAGAUUCUGUUCCACGAUGAUGGUUCCAUCAAGGGCGUGGCCACAAAUGAUAUGGGUGUUGCCAAAGAUGGCUCCCCUAAAGACUCCUUCGAGCGGGGCAUGGAGUUGCACGCCAAAGUGACAGUGUUCGCAGAGGGAUGUCACGGAUCCCUGACGAAACAGCUCUACUCUCAGUUUCCUCAGCUCAGAGAAGACUGUCAACCACAGACCUACGCCAUAGGUCUCAAAGAGCUGUGGGAGGUGGAAGAGGGCAACCACAAACCAGGACUAGUAGAUCACACUGUGGGCUGGCCACUCAGCAAGGACGUUUACGGUGGAUCCUUCAUGUAUCACCUUGACGAAGGAGCACCUCUUGUGGCUCUGGGUUUCGUGAUUGGACUGGACUACAACAACCCCUAUCUGAACCCGUUCAAGGAGUUCCAGCAGUGGAAGACCCACCCUUACAUCUCCCAGUUUCUCACGGGGGGCAAACGAUUGGCUUACGGGGCUAGAGCACUCAACGAGGGAGGACUGCAG